AUGGCAUUCUCGGCUCAAGCUUCGGGUGCACGUCCGGGGCUACGGAAACGCAGCACGAUAUCCCACAGAGCACCAAUACAUCAAACAAUGGCUCAGCCGGCGGGCUCCGAUGCGGGACCGUCGUCAGCGAAGAAGCGGAAGAUGAGCCAGACUGAGCAGAACCAAAUCUUCGACAAGAUCGUGACCUCUCAGUUCGAUGACAACAUGGAGCUCCUUCGCAAGAAACUUGAGCACAAGAAAGGCUUGCUCACAUUCCUCAUUGGGCUGAUCGACUCGGGCAAACUUGAGGAAGCAUACGACCGCGCACACCAGGACACAGGAGAGGUCCGGCCAGCAACGUUUGCCCAGGGUUACAAGUACAUGAAGCAGGCGGGCUCGAUAUGGAUCCGGGACUUUCUGGGGCAGAUGAACCCGACGUACAAGAUCCCUGACGGUCUGACCGAGGCCGAGAAGAAGGCACGGAGGCUGUCUUUGCCUGACUACAUUCAUCGCAUGUGCCUGGCGCUUCGCAUCCACCCCGAUUGCUGGCUCUUCCACAUGCAACAGGAAACGACGACGCAGACGGCGGUCCAGCGCUGCCGCAACCUGAACAACCCCAUCGAGACGGUGUCGCCAACGGACAGCUUGGACAAGAAGGGCUUUUACACGGCCAGCGACGACAAUGCGAAGGUGCUCGCUCUUGGUAUGGGGCCGUUGCCGCAGGAGCAGCACGAGCGCAAUGGCAGCCCUUACAUGUGGGUCCCCCCUCCGUCCGCAGAGGACGUCGAGUGGAAGUUCAAGGAUAACUGGAAUUCUCAAGCUACCAUCAUGCAUCCAAAUGGCGACGCUUUCCAGCUGAAGACCCGCUUCCAGUCGAAGUACCCCGUCCUCUUCACGGAGGCGGCGUGCACGCUUGCCAUGUCCAUCGAGGCGGAUGGGGAGUCGCCACACCCGUCGCUUGGCGACGUCCGCCGCGCGUCCGUGGGCGGCAAAGGCAAACGUGGCAAGGGCAAGGGGGUUUCGAAGGGCGCGGCACCCGCGGCGCCCGCUCCGCCUGCGGCGCCUGCCGCUGCACCCGCGGCGCCGCCCGUUCCGCCGCCUGGCGGCGCUGGCGGAGGCGCCGCGGCGGCUCCGCCCGCAGAGGAAGAGGAUGAUGAGUGA